CUGCUGGCUGCUGUGGAGAUCAUCAGCAAAGAAGACGACCGGGAAGAAGAAGAGGAGGAAGAGCGAGGAGGGCGCAACGCGGCGAACAGACAAGAGACCGGAGAGACGCGAGAAGGAACGGGGGAGAAAAACGAACAAGUGGAGAGAAAAAGGAAAAGAGAGAGCGGACAAAAUAAUACGGCAAGCAGAGACGACUGCUCGCGUCCUGCAUGGUUUCGCUGGACUGUGAUGCUGAGAAAGUUCUCCAGGCUGAGGACGACACUCGCAGCCGCCUCGACGCUUCGGUGCAGCGACCCCCCGUCGCGAGCGCGGCGGGCGACAAGGAAAAUCGAGUCCCCUUCUUUGCCGAGAGACGAACGCCUUCCCUUCUGCGAUCUCUUGCCAGUCACUCAGGACGCGUAUUCGACGCCGGCGAGCUGUUGCUGCUGAAGCGCGCCGGCGAGUUCCCCAUCGAAGAGUUGCUGGAGGAGCUCUGGCUGUUGGUGUCUUCUCUCCGAGAGCUGGCGGGGGCUGUGCAGUAUGCCCUGCAUGAGAAGGAGAGCCUCGAGGGAAGACGCGAAAUCAGAGGAGGGGGAGAGAAAAGAGAGUCUGGGCCGGACGAAGGAAGAACCGCGAAAGAAGAAGGCGAGGAGACCCUCGAAGGAGAUUUGCGAAGCAGAGACCGAGGAGGGGAAAAGAAAGGCGCUCGACGCCCAGAGCAUGAGGCGUCGCAUCAAGACUCUGAGAAAGGCGUUUCUGCCGUCGAAGGGAAACACACAGAAACGGCAGAUGUACGUUCACAUGAGAGCGUAGGGUCCAAUCCGUCGCCGGCCCUCCCGCCUCCCAGCGUUCUCGCGAUCGCGCGAAAACUCGAGUCUUGCUGCAUCACAUCUUCUUUCUCUUCUUCCUCGAUCUGCAUGCCUGAGGAAGACAGGUUUCUGAGGUACCUCGACGCGUCUCUCUCUUCUCUGUUCGUCUCGCAUGUGCAGCCACUACUGUCAUUGGCGCUCCAGCUGGCGUGUAUGUACACCCUGACGGUGGUUUGGUUGGGCGAUCCGGAACCGUUUUUGCCGCUUCGUUCGGCGUCUUCUUUGCGAAGAGACGGCUCCGCGCCGCCAGCGUUUGCGAACGCUUCUUCGGGGGGUCGGGCGCAGCUUUCUUUCGUUUUGCCCGGACUGCUGGCGUCGAAGAUAACGACUUCUUCUCUCCCUUCUCAGUCCACGCCUCCCGCUGCGUGCGCCGCUGCAUGCACUCGAGGCCCAGGCGGCGAGACGCCCGGGCAGGAACCUCUUUCGCAGACGGCGCGGGACCGGGAGAACCUCUUUUCUCUGCUUUUCCGCGUCUUUGACAAGUACCGGAACGCCGCAGAAAGUCGAGCACGCAUGCAGACGACGCCGACUCUUCUCGGCGCUGGCCAGAAGCGCGCAGCCGCAGCGACGACGCCCUGGCGGCGGAGACAUGAUGACAAAGAAGGUGAGAAAGAAAGAGAGAAAGACGGAGAGAAGGGAAGCGACAGGGAAGAGGGAGAGAGAGGAAUGGGGGAGAGAGAGAAGUCUCGAGAAGGAACUUUGAAGAGCAGCGAGGGCAACGCAACGGCGCGCAAGGACCUCUCGUGGGUCCCGGCGGUCUGGAUGCAUGCGAAGGCGCGAAAGGGCCAAGCAACUGAGCAGAGAGGAGAAAAGGAAACCUCCGAGAGUCGGAUCUUUCCUUCCCUGCCUCUCGUGCGAAGAGUGUGCGAGAGGGAAGAAGCGAAGAAGGCGGACGCAGAGAGCGAACGUGGGCGAUUCCCCAAGCUCGAUCUGAAAGAGAGAAAACCGACGCCUCUGUUCUCUCUCGGAUCUGCCCUGAGGCGAGUGCCGUCGAAGCGUUCCGUCUCUCCCUCUUCUCCAGAGAGAGAGUCUGGACUUCCGUCUGUGCCUUCCUCGGCUGCUGCGUCCUCCGAUUCUCCCCUUGCCUCUCUCUGUUCCGUCCUGUCCGCGGAGCCAUCUCCGGCCGUCUGUUCUCCCUUCAAGAGGACCAAGGCGACGUUUCUCGGUAGCCUGCAAGUCAGGCCGUCUCUCCUCAAUCGCCAGGGCAUCGAGCCCCCAGCCGACGCAGGGACAGAAAGCCCAGAAGCCUUUCUCUCCGCUUCCCGGCCCUCCUCCGUCGCGAAUCCUUCCUCUUCUUUCUUCGCUUCUUCCUCUCCUCAGCCGUUUCCUUUCUCUUCCAAAGAUCCUCGCACUCGGGUCGCGCCGGCUCCGCUGCCUGUCUGUGGCGGAGCGAAAGAUGCGCCUCCAGCGAGUGUGGGCGAGAAGGAGUUCCGUCGCACGCGCGAAACGCCUCCGGAGGGGGACUUGGAGAGCAGCCAGCUGAACGAGGAAGAGAAGAGGAAGGCGAGAGGCGAGACAGGCGCGGAGGAAACGCAGACGCAGGAAGGUCGAGCGACAAACGAGGCGUCCCCGUACGCCGGAGCAGCGGAUCUGGAGCAGAGCGCGACUGGACGCAAAUGGGAGUUGAGAAGGCGCGAAGAGAAAGAAAACAGAAAAGAAAACAGAACACCGUUUUCUCCCUGUUGCUUUCCAGACCUCGAGAGAAGUCCUGUGUUGCCUCCAUGGGCAGACGCAAUCGGAGAGCUGACGGCGAGGAGAGAGACGCCGCAGCGAGGAGAGAGAGCCGCCGACAGCGACAGAGGGGAGGAAGGAACAGACGGCGACGGGGGAACUGGAGUGUGUCUACAGCUUGUCUCUCCAGCUUCCUGCAGGGAGGGAAGCCUGCGACGAGUCUGCGAGAGAGAAAACGCGACGUCCUUUCUCGGCAUGCACGCGCUCGCAAACGCCAGAGAAGGAAAACUUGCAGCCCCCGGGGAAGAGUGUGAAGGCGCGAGAGACUGGGGCGGCUGUACGUACACCCCAGUCCGCUUCGGCCGCAGAGACCGCGGCGUCGCCACGGGGAAGGAAAGCACGAGCGGAGAAAGAAAGGGAGAGGUAUGAGGAGACAGAGGAGAGGAGAAAGAAAGAGACAGAGGAGAGGAGAAAGAAAGAGACAGAGGAGAGGGAGACAGAGGAGAGGAGAAAGAACGGGAGAGUAGUGUGAAAAAAGGGACAUGGUGGAAGGAACAAACAAAAGAAAAAAAAUGUUUCAUGUGUCUCUGCAUGCGCCAUCAUUGCUUGGCAAC